CUUCCCGCCCAGAGUAUACUGUAGUCGGCCGAGAGACUGAAUGCCCUCCACUUAGCUUGCCCGCCUCGAUUUCUGGCUCCUUUUCCGAACGGAGAAGUACAGUACAUGUCUUCUGCCUUCCACCCAUUCACCCAUGCCAUCAGUAUCUUUCUCAAUGUUCGCAGGGACACGGCUCGAAUGAUCCUGCUCCCCAGUGCUUGCCGGUCUCCAAAGGCCUGUUCAACGGCGAUAGUAUGAUGGACGUUGGUGCGAGUCGGAGUACCCUGCCCUUGGAGCUGGUCCCGGAGAUCAUGCAGCGUUUCUCACAAAGCGUAGGGUGUCUAGCAGCCUGCGCGUUAGUCUCGCGAACUUUCAAUCGCUACGCCACACCUUAUUUGUACUCCAACUUAAUCCUUCGCUCGCAAGGUCGGCUCAAGCUCCUUUUUAGGACCUUAGUUGCUCGCCCUGAAUUGGCUCUACUCCUCAAGGCUCUCGAGAUUCGCGUGUACCCGUUUGGCUUGCGGGCCGAGGAACUGGAACAGCUCGAACACAGCAUAUGCGAAGCACUUCGAAGUGCCACACAGCUGGAAGCGCUCUGCUGGACCCGGACUGGCAGCCUCAAUGAUCGAGUCCUUCCAGUUCUCUCAGCGCUUCCUUCUUUAAGACACUUGGAAAUCACUGGCGAUGCGCGCACUUGGUCACCUAAAACUCUUUUGGAGCAUCUACCGCCUCAAUUAGAGAGCUUUGCAGUGGUUUUGCCGGACAGGAGUCUGAUUUCGUCCUUGAGGUUGAUUGCUCAGAGAUGCCACUCACUCAAGAGCUUCAGCGUUCUUCUUCAGCAUUCAGCCCACCUGGACGAUGCCCACCUCAUCGACCUCGCCAAGUAUUUGACGUCUCUAGAGCGCAUCAGCUUGGCUGGUUGCCGUGCUGUCUCGCAAGCAGGACUGACUCCUCUGUUGUUGGCUUCGCGAUCGGGCAUUCGGGAGCUUGCACUGGAAGGAACAGCGGUCAAUCCCAGCGCUUUACCCUCCUUGGCGCCCAUGUUGCAGCGCUUGAGACAGCUCAGCUUGACCCUACCGCGCGCUCGAGUCACCUCUGUGGAGGACUUUCUUGUUUCUCUUGCAGGGCUUGUGCGCCGCCUUCCCUUCCUGGAGGAUUUGACGCUGUAUGCGAGCAGCUACAACCGUCCUGAAUCAAAUCCAGACUUUGCCGACGACUCCAACGACUCUGACAGAGAGGGGGAUGGCAUCGAAGCAAGUGCCGUACCAGCCCUGUCCACAGCCGAGUUUCCAACAAGAGCGCUGCAAAAUCCCAGCACUAAGCAAGAUCAACUCGAUUUUCUAAUGUGCGAGCUCGUGCAAGCGACCGAGGGAAGACUUCGUCGACUGCGUGCUCAAGGCGUGAGGCUGAGUGCCAGGGGCUUGAACACGCUGUGUCGAAGAGCACCCCUUCUGAGCCAGCUAGUGGUGCAUGUGUCGUCGGAUGUCACACCGGUUUCAAUGCGUCAGAGCUUGUCACUACUCAAGCAUCUCUCUGAGCUGCACAUCAUGGCAGACGUAUCCAGCGGCGUCGAAUUGAUAACAGAGGAUCUCAGGCAGAUCGCGCAAGAUUCGAACAAUCUGACCCAAGUCGGAUUCAAGAAUCGCGUAUGGGAGGUGAGUAGCGCUGCGAGGGGUCGCUUGGGCAUGCUGACGGUGCUUCGACCCGACCUACCAAUGUAUGAUGUGCUUCCGUUCGCCUGCAGGUCGAUCGUUUGCCGUGGCUUGGCAGGUCGUUGGAGGCCACGACAAUUCCAGACAGUCAUGUUAGUGCCGAGGUGGAGACCGGUCUAAGCCAGCCAGAAGCACAUCAAGACGUCAAACUGCUCAGAUAUGACUUUUCGAGCCAGCGCAUCCCCGACGUCUUCCUUGUGGUGCGGGCUUGACUGGCCAACGAUCUGAGUAAAGCUGGCCGGCAUACUGUGCCAAUCUUGAUUUCAGACCAAACCGCCUCGCCAACUGUACAUGUCCAAGCUUUUAUUCAGGCGACUCCGCUGACCUGCACCCGCCGCUGCUUCCACCUACACAGCCAGUGCUGCACGAGACGGUGGCGGCAUCGCUAGCUCACCGGCGCGCGCAACAGCCCUGGUAGGCAGAC